CUGAGCGGAAAUGACGUACAUAGCCAGAAGCGUGACGAGGGCUCGCUUAAAAAUACAACAAGGAAGUGGACAAUUACUGACAACGGUGAAAUAAUAUUCGUACAGUAAAUGUUUAAUAGCUAAACGGUGACUAAAUAUCGAGUGAGUACCGGGAGGGUAUAGUCGUGUCGGACUUACCCGUUAGCCCGUUGGUAUCUGUGUGCAUAAGAGCUCGAGUCCAGCGAUGAACACGGACGUUGAAUUUCACAUCAGGCAGAAUUACCCGUGGAACAAACUGCCAGCUAAUGUCAGACAGAGUCUUGGAAAUUCGCAGCGCGAGUAUGACAAACAAGUCCUUCUGUACAGUAUCCGAAACCAGCUACGUUUUCGCAAUAACCUAGUCAGGCAUGUGAAAAAAGACGAACGCAAGUAUUAUGAAGAGCUGUUGAAGUACAGCCGCGAGCAUUUGAUGCUCUACCCCUACCACCUGUCUGACAUCAUGGUCAAGGGUCUGCGGGUUACCCCCUUCUCCUACUACAUCAGCAUCAUGGAGGACAUCAUGAACUGUGAGAAGAGUUAUGAUUCGCUACCCAACUUCACUGCUGCUGACUGUCUGAGGCUUCUUGGUAUUGGCAGAAACCAGUACAUUGACCUGAUGAACCAGUGCAGGUCUUCCAAAAAAUUCUUCCGGAGGAAAACGGCUCGGGAUCUCCUGCCUGGAAAACCUGUGGAGAUCACGGUGGAACCGUGGUGGGUGGUGCAGACCGGAUACAUCACCGAGGAUGACAUUAGGAUCUGCUCUGCGGCAGAGAAGACCGCCAUUGAUAAGAUGAUAGAUUCUGGACCCCAGCUGGCCGGAUCAAUGGAGUACAACGUGGUUCUGAGUUUAUACAACCGCGGCUAUAUAUAUCUCGAUGUUCCCAUAUCAGAUGACAGCUGUAUAUCAGUACCUCCGCUCGAAGGGUUUGUCAUGAACCGAGUCCAGGGUGACUAUUUCGAAACGCUUCUCUACAAAAUCUUCGUUUCCAUCGAUGAGCAGACUAACGUGUCCGAGCUGGCUAAUGUACUGGAGAUUGACUUGGGUCUGGUGAAGAAUGCCGUGUCCAUGUAUUGUCGCCUGGGGUUCGCUAUCAAAAAGGGUCAGGUGAUCAGCCCAGAUCAGCUUCACCUCUCAUGGAAGAGCGCCCCUUCGGUCAAUAAACUCAAGAGCACUAUGGACCCCCAGAAGAUGCUGCUCUCAUGGGAAGGUGGCAGUCCAGUGAUGGAGGCGGGUUCCUCAGCCACUGAUACUGACACCACCAGCCUGGAGGACCAGGAUACGGCUAGCGUGAGCAGUCUAAGUAUUCCUGCGGCCCCAACUAAGAGGAUUGCCUUUUUGUUCGACUCCACCCUCACCGCCUUCCUAAUGAUGGGCAAUCUCUCCCCCAACCUAAAGAGCCACGCUGUCACGAUGUUCGAGGUGGGGAAGUUGUCUGAUGAGACCCUGGACAGUUUUCUCAUGGAACUGGAGAAGGUGGAGAGCACCGCUGAAGGAGAGGCUCAGAGAUAUUUUGACCACGCGCUGACCCUCAGGAACACCAUACUCUUUUUGCGCUACAACAAAGAUCUCACCCCGGAUCAGGGCCCCGACUUACCAAAUAUAGGCCUGCCUCUGGACCUUCUCCGCUGUGAGAGCCUGCUGGGAUUGGAUCCUGCCACCUGCAGCCGUGUGUUAAACAAGAACUACAAACUGCUAGUUUCCAUGGCGCCGCUGAGCAACGAGAUCCGACCAAUCAGCAGCUGCACGCCUCAGCACAUUGGCCCAGCCAUUCCUGAGGUUAGCUCCAUCUGGUUUAAACUCUACCUGUACCACAUCACUGGUCAAGGCCCUCCAUCACUGCUCCUAUCCAAGGGCUCUAGGCUUCGAAAGCUACCUGAUAUAUUCCAGGUUUAUGACCGGUUGCUUAUUACAUCAUGGGGUCAUGACCCUGGGGUUGUCUCGACGUCUAAUGUGCUAACAAUGCUGAAUGAUGCCCUCACCCACUCUGCUGUGCUCAUUCAGGGUCAUGGAAUGCACGGGCAUGGUGAGACUGUCCAUGUGCCCUUCCCAUUUGAUGAGGAAGAUCAUAAAGCAGACUUCUCAUAUUCCAACAUGUGUGGGCACAAAGCCCUUAAGAUUCUUCGGGAAAAGGUGGAUCUGGAGCACCAGUGUGGCUACAUCACCAUGCUGAACCCCAACAACAGACAUCGCAGGCGACCCAGCGACGCCGACGGAGACCCUGAGCUUAGUGGAGUGCUUGAUGCCAAUGGAAGCAAUGAAUCUUUCGAGCUGGUCACAGAGGAGAAUAAUGGAGACGGCAGCAAGAAACAGGGAACAGAAGGAUCCUCCAGUGAGGAUGAAUGGGUUCCUCUGGAGCUCUGCUUCGGGAUGCCCCUCUUCAGCUCUGAGCUAAACCGCAAAGUGUGUGAGAGGAUUGUCUCCCACAAACUGUGCGGCACAAACAGUCUUCAAGAGUUACUACAUUCCAGUCGAAAACUAUCAUUGAAGGUUCUCAGUUUUGUUCAAUCAUUCCAGGAUGGCAAGCAGCCUGCAGACCCUGACAGUGGGGUUUCGGGUCCCCUGUGUCAGCCCCCAGCAGAGUCUGGCGUUCCCCUCCCCGCAGUCAACCUGUUCUUUAAGGACGGCGAGCUGAAAGAGUGGAGUGGGAAAGCCCCGACCUCUCUACAGAUUUCUACUUCACAGAAAGAUCAACCCACAUAAAACAACAACCCCAUUCAGUUCCACACAGCACCCACAUUCGACCACUUAUUUCAUGAGUAACCACAUUACCCCACGACCCUGGAUCACACGAAGCCAUCAAGUCUGGAUGCGAGCGUCUAGAGGUCAAGAGUAAAACUACAGAGUUUAAUCACAUCUAAUCUUCCACAUUUCUGUUUGUCAGAUACUGUAUUACAAAAUAGAAAAUCUAUUUACAAAAAAAAAUCCUUUUAAUGUGUAUAUAGACUUUGCUUGAAAAGCAUAGGACCAAUCCAGUGGUUGGAUGAAGUCACCCAGGUCUUCUGUAUAUGAACCCCAGCCUAAUUGUAUUGUCAUGUUUUGUGACCUGAUGCAUGAUAUCAUUGCACAAAAUCUUAGAACUACUUGACUGAAUCAGCAGGGUUUGAAAACAUGAAAAUGAGGUUUACGUUUGCACAAAGCCUGUGGAUGAUAUUCUGCUUUAUUAUUUUACUUAUUUCAAAGUAUCUUGCAUUUAGGGGGUCGUAUUCCAGUUAAAAACCUGUCCGUCUCAUUUCUGCUUCGCAGAGGAGCGUUUCUGCUUCACUGAGACCAAAGACCAAUUUUUUAUGUUGAUUUUUUAUUUUCUACCACCUUAUUUGCUUUGUGCCCAACAGACUGCUGUAUCACCAAAUGCACGCUGAUAUACUUGGCCAGUUUAAAGACUUCCUGUUUAGACUAACAGCAGUUAUACUGACACUUUUUGCAAUGCUUCUGCUUUAGUCCAGAGGGAGCCACACACAGUAGCAAGUAGUGACAACAAAAUCAUCCAUAAUCCAUCAGUACCUAGAUGUGUUAAAUGUCAGUAUAAGUUUAAAGUUUAUUGUGAAAUUAUGCAUUUUAAAGGUAUCCCUCGGUGGCCUGAAUCUUUUCCUCUUGCCUUUACUGAGGUUGCUGGCAGUGUUUCCCCAAUCGAACCGUAUAGUGGUGUUUCAUAAUGAUGAUGAUGAUGAAGACAGAUUAGGCAUUGGUGCUGCAUGAGUGUGUAGAGUUGUUGUGUGUAUUGUGUGCAGUUCUCUCCUCACUUCUUCUUUUCUCCACGCCAUUCCUUUCUGCAUCUAUACAAUCCAGAAGACACCAGCCCCAUGCCUGACCUUAUUACAGUGUUAGGAAAGAAAACCCAAUAGUUUUAUAAAGUCACCCUGCAUUUUAGGAACUCUUAUGUUGUUGUGCGUACUUGAUGGGACUGUGUAAAUGCUCUUGUAAUUAAAUGGGUACCGAAAUUACAUUUCCUCUGUCAUGCCAUUGACAUUCACCAAAAUAUAUGUUAUAACAAAUGAAUAUGUAAAAAAUAUAAGAAAGUACUAAUAAAUAUGUUACAAAACACA